AUCAACCGAACUUUCCAUCUCUCUCAGCAUAAAAACCACCACUAUCUCAGAUCCCUCCAUCACUCACAAACCUCAUGACCCUUUCAUUAGAAUUUUUCCUUCUAUUCUUCUUCUUCUUCUUCUUCUCUCCCUCUUCCUUUGCUCUCUCUCUCCUCCAUGACAGGAAGAGGAGAACAGAAAAACCAAAUCAGGAGCCCUCAAUCAGAAUCCGAGUCUGGUACCAUGGCUCAUGAGAGCAUCUUAGACUCCUCUAAAGACCAAGAUCAAUUCCUCCCCAUAGCUAAUGUUAGCCGUAUCAUGAAGAAAUCACUUCCAACAAACGCGAAGAUAUCGAAAGAAGCGAAGGAGACUGUCCAAGAAUGUGCUUCAGAGUUCAUCAGCUUCAUUACAGGUGAAGCCUCUGAUAAGUGCCAGAGAGAAAAGAGAAAGACCAUUAAUGGAGAUGAUCUGUUAUGGGCCAUGACAACUCUUGGGUUUGAGAACUAUUUGAGGCCUUUGAAGGUUUAUCUUAACAAGUAUAGAGAAACUGAAGGAGAGAAGAACAUCAUGGGUAGACAAGGUGACCAAGAAGCUAAUUCUAGCAGUUCUACCAGUCAAUUGGUGCCAACUGAUCAGAGAAACCUUCAGGAUUUUAAUAGUGGGUUUAAUAAAUUUGGAGAUGAAGGAAAGGUCAUCCGUUAUGGAUAAAACUUGAAGGUGGAUGGGUUUCUUAUCCAUGAAAGUGGAAGGUAUAGCUAAUCACUAUCAUAGAGUUUCAAUAGGAAUGAUUGAAAAUAUGAGUUCUAUUUUCUUA